AUAUUUUUAACCGUAAGCGUGGGAUGGAUUUUUUUUUUUUCUUUUUUUGAAUAGCAAGUUGCGUGAGAGUUUGGGAGAGUGGAGAGUGGAGAGUGAGAAUUUAAUAUAAAAACAAUACUAAUUAUGGGACGUAUUCGGUCCUCUCUCUCUCUCUCUCUCUCUCUCUCUCUCUCUCUCUCUCUCUGUCUCUCUCAGUUGAACCCCUCUUUCUAAGUUGCUCUUGAUGAUAUGGAUAGUUUUAUUAUGGGACGACGGGGACGUAUUCAAUCCCCCUUCUAUGCGCCAUUUGUAAUGGCUACGCAUGUUUCAUACGCCUUAGCGCUCGCAUUGGGUAAGCUCCACUUCCUUAUUCCUUUCAGCACUACACCUUCUAGAGUUUCUAAACUGAUCUUUCUUUGUCCUCCUCAUUACUCAAUCACUACUUGGGCUGGGUUUUUUUUUUUUUUUUCAGCAGGGUUUCUUGUAGGAAGUAUUAGGGGAGCAGUUACCAGCCUGACCACGGAAACCAGGUUCUGGACAGGAGUCAUAAACGGUGCUAUCUCUGGUGUCAAAGCCGGCCUUGAUCUGUCGAUAUCUGUGCUGGUCCAGUCGCCAACCAUGAUGAAUUCCAGAGAGAGAAGCGACACAGAGACCUUCCACAUUUAUGAUGUUGAUAGCUUCAAUGGGCUGUCACCAAACAUGAUCAAUAGGCUCCCUUCAUUCAAUUUCAGUAGCAGUGAGAUUAUGGCUCCAUCUGAUGAUAUCUGUUGUACAAUCUGCUUACAGGAUCUCACAGAGGGAGACAUUGCAAGGAAGCUCCCAAAUUGCAGGCACUUAUUUCAUCUCCAGUGUAUAGAUAAAUGGCUUGUCGGACAAGGAUCUUGCCCCCUCUGUAGACAAGAAGUUUGGCUUACAGAAGAGACAUUUGAUGCAUAAAAUAAGAUAGGAAACAAAGAGCACAUUAGGUAGACAGAAUCAAUUCAGCCACCUUAGUCUCAUACCAACUGCUUAUAUCUUCACAUCAAUAUCAAUGUAAAAGUUCUCAUUUAUAAUUGUUGUUAAGCUUAUUGAAUAAUAAAACUUCUCAUUUAUAAUUGUUGAUAAGCUUAUUGAAUGAUAAUUGAAGUGUGGCUAAAUCAUUCUAUCUAGACUGUUUUAAGAAUCACUGCUAUGCAUUAUGCACAAGGGUAAGGGAAUUAUGUCUAUGGCUACUGCCAAUUGCAAAUCACGAGCGAAAGAUAAUCCUUUAAGGGAUUAACCAUUGGUGACUUGCCCCAGUUCAGAUACAAAGUCACCCUAACUCGGUAAAUGCGAUUCAGGGAAAGUGUUGAUUUGGGUGAGAUACUUCUCAAUUCUCACCAUAAUUGCCACUGAAAGCAAAAUUUUAGAACAAAUACUAAUUUAUUUUUAUAUAUUAUAAAUAAGCAUAGACAAUAUAUUAAUUGGCAAGCGAUGACAACAAUAGAUUUGAGUAUAUUCUCUAAAAGGAAAUAAUGGGGCUGAGAAAAUAAUCCAAAAUCAAGUUUAACUAGAACCCUACUCUGAUUAUUGCGUUCUGUAUUCAGGGAUGACAUACACCUCUGUUCUAAAUGCCAAAAUCACUGUGAGGUUAAUUAGUUUAUGCAAGUUUUAAAAAAAUAAAAAAUAAAAAAAUUCUGUGAGAGAAAACUAGGGAUUUGGACUGGAUUAAGUAAUGGCAUAUACUGUCUAAACUAAGAAACUGGAGUUCUCAAGGCAUGCAUGGUUCAGAGUGACUUACCUGUCAUCUUUACGUAAAGUUGCCAGAAUAUGAUUAACCUCUUGAUUUGAACUCACUGCUUAUAUAUCUGGUAUUGGUUAUAAUUCACAAGAACAUUCUGUAGUCUUAGUGAGAACCAUGAAUCCAAAACCAAAUAACUCCAAAGCAAGCAUUGUAGAUCAUAGGAGACUACAGACUGAACUGGAUCUUCUUCUUCCCUUUUUUGUGAAGGUGACACCGUUUAAGGCUCAGUCGUCACUGGCGCUCUCAUUUCGGGACCAUUUUUCUGAUUGUCUGAGAUUCAAAGAGCCUUAGGUUUCUAAGCUCUCCGAAGGUAAUUCACGAUCUUCUUUUGAGCAUUUUAAAUUUAACUCUCAACACAGAGAACCUUUCUUCCUCUGAUUCCCUCACACACCAGAGCUCUUCCAAUGGAGGAUAAGUUUGGAUAACCCAACUAACAAGGACCAAAUACAUUAAGUUUGCAAUACAUCCAGGAUUACUGAACCACUCCUUCCCAAGCCUGGAACAAGUCACAUGAAUCCCACUCACCUAUUCUUCAAGCACUUUUGCAGUGAAGUCCUUGUGUGGACUCUGCAAUAUGCAAGCUCU